AUGGUGUCAAGAGUCCUCUUCUGGACCGGCUUCGGCAUUGCCACCCGCGCAUGGCAACUCGGACUGGAGAUGAGACCAAUGCUGAAUAAAGAGUCAUUAUGGGUGUACCCCAUCUUCGCGGCGACUGGUGCGAGCUUUGGCUACUGGCUGCAAACUGUCGACGAAAGGCAGACGUCAAUUCUAAACGAGAGGAAAGCGGCAAUUCUCGAGAAGCGAGCAAGGAGGGCACAGCGCGAGGCGGAGGCUACUAGCUAA